UAAAAGUCUAAACCCUAAUUUGACAAAACCCUAAUUCUAAUAUUCUUUUCUCUUUCUUACCAAAAUAAACUGCAAACCUACCAAAGCCGUAAACAAAGAACUGAAACCAGAAGAGACUGAUGGAUGGAUAGAUAGAUAUUAUGAUUAUAUCAUCCAAGAAACAACGAACAACAAUAUCUAAGUGAACUUCAGAUAAGAGAUCACUUUUUGGAAUAUUAUUUGGGCAUUUUUUUUUUCUGCAGUUUUUCAAUAAUUCCCUUGUAUCAGGCGAUGGAGUCGGACUCCAUUGCAGUUUCUGCGGUAAUAGUGAAGAAGACUAUGAAAAAGGAAGAAGAUUUGUUUUCAGAAAAAAAAUUGAGUAAUGGCGGCACUGGUGAUGGGGUAGAUAAUAAGAAGAAUUCGGCUUCUUUAACUAGUAAUGGUGAUGUUGAUGAUCAAAAAGAACAAAUUGGAUUGAAAUCAUCAGCUUGGAAAAAACCUGUCUUUAAUGAAAGUAAACAAGGUAUUGAAGUUCCUGUAAUGGGAGCUAAAUCUUGGCCAGCACUUGCGGAAGCAAGACCCAAAAAUUCAGAUUCUGUUGCUCAUACUGCUGUAAAGCCCAUUGCUGUUGCUUCUGCCACCACUACAACGACUAAUACUCCUUCCCAGGGACCGACUGGGCCGCAUAAAUCUAAUAGGUCCGGUAGCACCUUCUCCCCAAAACAACCUGUGUCACAUCAUAAAAAAUCGAACACUUGGCGCAAUCAUCCUCCGAAUGGUGCACCACCAUUUCCUGUUCACCCCUAUAAUCAACCACCAGUGGCACCUGUUUUUCGCACAGUUGUACCGCCGCCGCAAUUCCCCGUUGUUUACCAGCCUCGCCCUGUACCCUUCCCCAAUCUAGAUUCUCCCAUGGUAACCACUGGUGAACCCCCAAUUCCAGCUUUUGUUGCUCCUGGUCAUGGUGGUGGAGUUGAUGCUAAUAGAGGAUUUCAACCUCCACCUCAAGGAGGUCUAAACAGUUUUGCUAAUAGGCGGCAUAAUGUCCAAGAACCUGGUGGACGUUUCAACCAUACAAUGCGUCAUCAGCAUCCAUUCAAUUCUAGAGACAAUAUUAAUGUGCAGCAAGGUUUUGGGCCUAAUACAUUUAUGAGGCCACCUCCAUUUAUAAGGGCCGGUACAGGGUUCAUAAGUGGACCAAGUUUUCCUGGUCCUCAUCCAAUGUACUAUCUCCCUAUUGCACAUCCUGAUUCCACCAUGGGUCCAGCUCCUCGUUUUAUCCCAUAUCCUCCACCUCCUGGGCUUCCCACAACAGCACCAGUAGAUACACAAGCCUUAGGGAUUAAAGUACUGAAUCAAGUUGAAUAUUACUUCAGUGACGAGAAUUUGCAGAAAGACCAUCACUUGAUUUCUUUAAUGGAUAAACAAGGAUGGGUUUCAGUUUCCAGAAUUGCUGAUUUUAACAGAGUUAAGCAAAUGACAACAGAGAUACCCUUCAUUCUGGAUGUACUGCGUGGCUCUCAGACUGUAGAAGUGCAGGGUGACAAGCUACGGAGACGUGAUGACUGGUUAAAAUGGCUUCCAACCUCUGGACAGCACACAGUCCAGUCUCCGAAGGGCCAAGUUGACGAGAAGUCUUCUUCAGCUUGCAAGAGCGAUGAUGUCAAGAUAAAGGACAUCUCUGAAGUUCAAGGGACACAAGUUCCAUUGAGUAAUCUAACCAUAGAAGAGCCGGUGCCCUCAGACAAAGAUUCUUCGAGUGUAGCACGUAGUAUGAACUGUAACAAGGAGAAGCUGCUUCAUGGAGUUGAAACAGAAGCAUGCCAAGGAGAAGUUAGGGAUUCAAGCAGGAAAAUGAACGGUGCAUCGAGUUUAGAAAUGAAGGACUCACAGGCUAAUACCCGUUCUCAGGUCAGCUCUGAAUGUUCAAAUAUGACAACUGCACGUGCAAAUCGCUUAGAUGAUGAAUUUGAGAGCCAGCCAAAGGAUUUUACACUCGAGUCUACUGAAGAACAGAGCACGUUCAUGCUUGAUGAGGAGAUAGAGUUAGAGCAAACCACUGUCAGAAAGGAUCAUACUUCAUCUGGUUUAAGGAUUGAUGAAGAAGACGAGGACACAGAUCUCAAUGAUCAGGAUGUGCAGAGACUAGUUAUUGUAACCCAGAACAGGAUUGGCGAAGAUUACAGAGCUAGAACAAGUGAAUCAAAACCUAUGUCGAAUGAGCUUGCUUCUGCUAUUAAUGACGGCCUCUACUUUUUUGAGCAGGAGUUGAGAUCUAAACGCUCUAUUAGUAGGAGAAAAUCCUCGACUGAGACUAAAGAAGGGGAUUCUAGACAUCUUAGCUCCACAGCUGGAUUACCAAACUCCAAAAUAAGUAGUAAUAGUCCUGGGAAAAGUCUCCCUGAAGAUCCUGGAUCCUUGCAUCCAAAAAGGAAACAAAACAAAGGUGGUGCAAACAAGCAACAAUCAAUCCCUAAGCAACGCUACUUUCCUAGCAGCCUGCGGAAUCAGGGCAGUGGUCGUAAACGUAAUGCCAUAGUAUCAGAAAGUCCACCCAGUAGUUCGGUUGGCUUCUUCUUUGGUUCAACACCACCAGAAAGUAGUCACGGAUCUUUGUCGUCCAAGUUGAGUGCUUCCCCUCAUGGGAUUCCAGCUGGGAGUAGUCCACCAAUAGGCUCUAUCCCAAAGCCCUUCCCAGCAUUUCAGCAUCCAAGUCAUCGGCUAUUGGAAGAGAAUGGUUUUAAACAACAGAUGUACUUGAAAUACCACAAAGGUUGCCUAAGUGAUCGGAAAAGAUCAGGAAUUGGCUGCAGCGAGGAAAUGAAUACAUUAUACCGGUUUUGGUCUUUCUUUUUAAGGAACAUGUUUGUUCCUUCCAUGUACGAUGAGUUCCAAAAAUUAGCUCUAGAGGAUGCAGCUGCCAAAUAUUACUACGGGUUAGAAUGUCUUUUCAGGUUUUUCAGUUAUGGCCUGGAAAAGCACUUCCGAGAAGAAGUUUACCAGGAUUUUGAACGUCUAUGUCUUGAAUUCUACAAGAAGGGGAAUCUUUAUGGCCUUGAAAAAUAUUGGGCUUUCCAUCAUUAUCGAGAGGCGCGAGACAAUGUAAAGCCCAUGAAGAAGAACCCUGAGCUGGAGAGAUUACUGAAGGAAGAAUUUUGUUCCUUGGAUGACUUUCGUGCUAAGGAGAAGGCACCUGCAGCAAGAGAAGCUAGUUGCAGCAAUGGGAGUGUUUGUGGUCCCUCUGAAAAAGAAGAUAACAGAGACACUCCUCCUCCACCUUCCUCAGGGCAGGGAAGAAGGAAAUCUAACCUGUCAAGAGAGCUGGAAAAAUCUAGCAAGUGAAGGGCCACUGGGAGUUGAUGCAGCCAACAUUCAUUUUGUAUGCUGAAAAAUAGAAUGUGAGCUGGAGAGAUGCAUGCUGGAAGACAUCUGCUUGGGAGAGCAUGAGCCUGACACUGUUGUAAGUUUCCCUUUGUUUUGGUCUAAUACUGUCCCCGAGAAGCUAUGGGUAGUCAUUAUGCAGAUUUUGGAGUUCUCUGCUAUAGAGGGGUAGUUCAAAUGGUUUCUUUCUGUUUUUAUCUUUUCUCCCAUGAGAUUUGUACAUAAACAAAAAAAAAGAAAAAAACAAAAAAAAAAAAAAAAAAAAAAAAAAAAAAAAAAAAAAAAAAAAAAGGAAAAAGAGGAAAAAAACAAAAAAAGAAAGAGAAAAGAGAGAAAUUGAAUAGCUAGUCUGGAAAUGGUGGAAAUUGACGAAUAAGAGAUUAAAAUUUAACAUGCUCAGCCUCAAGUUUUCUUGUGUUCUCCUU